AUGCUUAGGAAUUGUCCGACAAAAGAAAACAGUCCAAAAUGUGGAGAAAAUGAAGAAUAUCAACAAUGUGGUUCAGCAUGUCCACCUACAUGUAAUGAUUUUUCAUAUCCACUUCCAAAAGAACCUCAAGCAUGCAUAGCAAUGUGCAAACCUGGUUGUUUCUGCAAAAAAGGUUACUUUCGCGCCAAUAAUAAUCAAUGCGUUCAGCAGGAAAAAUGUUGCACAGGUGAUAAUGAACAAUAUACAGAUUGUGGUUCAGCUUGUGUUGAAACUUGUAAUUAUGUACCACAAUUCUGUACUGACCAAUGUGUUCGCGGUUAUUUUUGUCAGUCUACUGAUUAUGUUCGUAAAGAUAACAGCACUGCUAGUCCUUGCAUUAAACGCGAUCAAUGUCCAAAAUGA